ACAAACUCGCGGCAGCGAGGGAUCAGGUAGUGAAGAUUGCACCAUGGCUGAAGCUGAUAUUGCACUCAUUGGAUUGGCUGUGAUGGGCCAAAACCUGAUCUUAAACAUGAAUGAUCAUGGCUUUGUGGUCUGCGCCUUCAACAGGACCGUUUCCAAAGUGGACAGCUUCCUGCAAAAUGAAGCUAAAGGCACCAAAGUGAUUGGUGCCCACAGCCUGGAGGAGAUGGUGUCUAAGUUGAAGAGCCCUCGGCGUAUUGUCCUCCUGGUCAAGGCUGGUGAGGCCGUCGAUGACUUCAUCCAGAAGCUGGUUCCACUGUUGGAAAAAGGUGACAUCAUUAUUGAUGGUGGGAACUCAGAAUACAGAGACACAACGAGGAGGUGCAAAGAGCUGAAGGCGAAGGGUCUGCUGUUUGUUGGGAGCGGGGUGAGCGGUGGAGAGGAUGGAGCUCGAUACGGACCUUCUCUAAUGCCUGGUGGCCAUAAAGAAGCUUGGCCCCACAUCAAGCAUAUCUUCCAGAGCAUUGCUGCUAAAGUUGGAACUGGUGAAGCCUGUUGUGACUGGGUGGGCGAUGAAGGCGCAGGUCACUUUGUGAAGAUGGUGCACAAUGGGAUCGAGUAUGGGGACAUGCAGUUAAUCUGCGAGGCUUAUCAGCUGAUGAAGGAUGUUCUUCUCAUGAACCAUGACGAAAUGGCGGAGGUAUUCAAGGAAUGGAACAAGACGGAACUUGAUUCAUUCCUGAUUGAAAUCACAGCAGAUAUCCUCAAAUUUCGGGAUCCCAAAGGGAAGCCACUGCUGCCCCAGAUCAAAGACUCUGCAGGUCAGAAGGGCACGGGGAAGUGGACUGCUAUCUCAUCCCUGGAAUUCGGAGUGCCAGUCACACUUAUUGGUGAGGCUGUGUUUGCGAGGUGCCUGUCCUCUCUGAAAGAUGAAAGGAUAACAGCUUCUAAACAGCUGGCGGGACCAAACGAUCCAAAAUUCUCGGGGGACAAAAAGACCUUCCUGGAAGAUAUACGCCAGGCUCUCUACGCUUCGAAGAUUAUCUCCUAUGCCCAGGGAUUCAUGCUGCUGAGACAAGCAGCUAAAGAGUUUAACUGGUGUCUGAACUACGGUGGAAUCGCACUGAUGUGGAGAGGAGGCUGCAUUAUCAGAAGUGUCUUCCUGGGUAAAAUUAAAGAUGCUUUUGAUGCAAAUCCAGAUUUGCAGAACCUGCUGCUGGACCAGUUCUUCAUGAAAGCUGUUCAGAAUUGUCAGGAAUCCUGGCGCCAUGUGGUUAGCACUGGGGUACGGAUGGGCAUCCCUAUGCCCUGUUUCAGUACCGCUUUAUCCUUCUACGACGGUUAUCGCCAUAAGAUGCUUCCAGCAAACCUGAUCCAGGCACAAAGGGAUUACUUUGGUGCCCACACGUACGAGCUGCUUUGCCAACCUGGCAAGUUCAUCCACACAAACUGGACGGGGCAUGGAGGAAAUGUCUCCUCAUCUUCAUACAACGCAUAAGCUCUCGAUGGUUGGCACUGAACCAUUUUGGAAAAAUAACAUUCCACCAGAGUAGAUACUUGAAAGAAAAGCUGUAGUUUUAAAUAUUCUAACUUAAGGCAUUCUCUGUCCUGUGCUAAUAUCCGGUCUAGAAGCAAUGAAAGUCAAUUUUCAAUAAGAUCCAAAUCUUUGGGAAGAAUCAAAAGUUGUAAUAAACAAUAAAAUGUGCAUAAACCAUGA